CAGAUCAGUGUGUGAACUGUGUACCUGAAUUACACGUCAGAUAUUUUGGUAAUGACCAAGCUGAGAACAUUUUAGUUUCCUUUCUGCUUAUUUUCUCCACUUUUUUUAAAAUUAUUUUUCUUUAAAAUGAGCUCCCUUUCGGGGGUACAGCUGGUUCCGCAUGGCAAAAAUGUGCUUGUGUAUCGAAAUGGCGACCCGUUUCACAGCGGUCGUCGCAUGGUUGUGAACGAGAGGCAAUUUAUAACAUUUGAAGCUUUCUUGAACGAGGUGACUACCUGCAUCCAAGCCCCGAUAGCUGUACGCAACAUCUACACUCCGCGCAAUGGCCAUCGUGUGACACAGCUCCACGACCUACUGAACAAGGGUCAGUAUGUGGCUGCGGGGACGGAAAAGUUCCGAAAACUUGAUUACCUUCACACUGAGGUUAAGCCGCCCGUGACCACACAAGUCAGAGACAACCAACAGAACUCUCGCAAGCUAAAAGUCCCAGGCCGCCGGCGGGAAGAAUCUCACUUUCCUUGUAUAAUUCAUAUUUUUCGCAAUGGAGAUCUUUUGACACCACCUAUCCGGGUUGUUAUACCUCCAAGUAUCUUGAAGGAGUGGGAGUUGGUCUUAACCUUGCUUACUGAAAAGGCCAACUUAUACAAUGGAGCUGUAAGAAAGCUCUGCACUUUAGAUGGCGUUUCUAUCUCAUGUGGAGCUGAGUUGGUGUCUGGGGAAUAUUAUGUUGCUAUUGGAUCAGAGAAAUAUAAAUGUCUCCCAUAUGAAGAACUUCUAGGUCCACCUGGAGGAAACAAGAAUCGCCCUGGUGUUAAGCGCAGGAUUGCUAAAAUUGCGGAGGGUAAGGUCUAUAGCUUAUCACAAGAUGGCAUCAGCGACUCAGUUCUUAAUAGCUCUCUAACUCAGGAAGACACCCGUAGGACCUAUUCGACAGGUGCAGAACAUAAAUUUCAGAGCGUCAAACACACUGAUGAGGAGAAUUCUGUUUUCUAUGCUAAACCUGUAAGGGUGCGCCCAACUCGAAAACAAAAGGCUAAUGAAAAAGAAAACAAAGAUGAAGAUGGAGUAUUCAAAGUUAAAGAGACACGACAUGAAUUAGAUGGAGCUCAAGAAGUAAAGGAGGAUGCACAUACAAGGGUAGAGGUUCCAGUAGAUCAGAGGGAAGCAGAGAUUGUGCCAGAGGAAAAUAUUCGUGUGAAAAAAGGAGCACAGCCCAAAGAGGAAAUAAAGUCUGAAGACCAGUGACAUUCAUAUUCACUUUCCUCACCAUUCAGAAACACUGAAGACCUGUAUUGGGUGUAUCCUAUAAUAUAUACUGUUUGGAAAAAUCUUCUGACUUUAUACAUUUUUUCCCAAGAGCUAAGUUUUGUAGUUGUUUCAUAAGAUAGCAUGUCUGAUAUAGUCCCUGUUCUAAUAUUAUUGUUUGGAAGACGAUAUUGCAGAAUUUGCUCCAGCAGGAAGGACAUCUGACAUAUUAAAUGUUAACAAUUUUUUUUGUUGAAUAGUAAUUAAACCCAAUUGCAUCCAAUGUUUUUCAAUAAUUAAACAAGGGGUUGAAUAACUUCUACAUGUGCCAAAGCCAAGUGCCGGUGUUUGUAUUUUCAGUCUUUAAAAAAAAAAAUUCUAGUUUAUAUUUUUGCCGUAUCUACAGUCCAUAAAUGCUAUGACACUCUCAGGAAACCCUGUUGAAGACAUCAGUGGAAUUUGGGAAAAGGGGUCUACAACCCUCUACAAGGUUAUUUUUAUGAAAUGUCCUUUGACAGUGGAGAAAUGAUUUCCAUAGUCAUCUCCAUGACAGCACCCUUGAGAAAUUGCCCUGCCCUGUAGGGACAGGAAAAACAUGCAUCCUCAGCCUUCAGUGUAUUCUUGUCUGUUGGUUUAGUAAAUAAGUAAGUGUGUAAUUGCCCUUCAUGGUAUCUGACAGUAGUGUCCAGGAAUUGAAUCUCAGUAUCUGAGUGUACAAGGGUAAAUUGCAACUCCUUGUUCACACUGUUCAAAUAAGUUUGAAAGUCCAUCAAUUGGGAGCAGUCACCAGUCCAGAUGAGGAAAAUGUCGUCGAUGUAUCUCCACCACCGCAGCACAUGACUGUGCUGGUGGGACACAUAGACGACAUCCUCCUCAAAACAUCUCAUAAAUAUAUUAGCAUAUGUAGGUACUACAUUCGAUCCCAUAGUCACACCCCUUUUUUGCUUGUACAACACGUCCUGAAAAAGAAAAUAGUUGUACCUCAAAAUAAUAUUGGGAAGAUCUAUAAUGAACUCAGUUGCAGGUGUAGUAAGAGAAGACAUAUCCAACAUACGUCUAACAGCCAUGAUACCUAGAUCAUGGUCAAUAGAGGUAUAUAAAGAUGUCACGUCAAAAGACGCCAAAUGUACAGAAUGUAUGUGCCCAUGUCGAAGCACGUUUCACCUGUUGGCUUCAUCAGGAGGUGUCUAAUGAUUAAAAUGGCUAGGUAUAUACUGUAUAUAGGCAACUAAUAAUCCAGGACAUUGAUAUAGGAUGCAAUUAGGCUCACCUGAAACAUGCAAGGCGGCACAACAGCAUGGUGAUGCGCUCCACCAGUUCGUGCUCACAUCAUGGCGAGGUGCCGGGUCAUGUGGUGUCCGAAGUAAACGCCAGACACACGUGAUCCCGGCUGCAAGUCAAUUUGGCGUGUCCCGGCCGGUGGAACGCAGCCCACCAGAGAUGUGUGUUUACGUAUGAAAAAGGACCAGCCUGUCUAGAUAAUAUAGGUACUAGAGCCCAUAAAUUAGAUAAACAUAUAUAGUUUGUGUAACAUGAUACAAUUCCACAUGUGUAUCUACUGUAUAUGACAAUUGAUGAAAUAUACAUAUGAACUAAACCUAGAAAAGAAUAUACGGUA